UCCCUAGUGUAAGUUUUGUUGUAAUAGUCAUAUUCAAAUCAGUAUAUGGUUUGUUACAUGAAAGUGGACAUUUGGAACGGGGCGCACGAAUACAAAACCUCAAACACAGGUGGCAUGUAUCAUUGGCAUGCUUAUUGGACAUCCACACCGACAGAUGGCUCCUGAAGAUUUAGCGCUUAGCACCCUGGCAAUUCUCCAUGCGACACUACAAAAUAAUACCAUUCCCCGACCCUGCAUUAAUGCAGUGCACUGGGCCAAGGUUCGAAACCUACCCAGGUGACCCGGACGCACUGAGCACAUAGGGAUGACAGAACCGCGUCUCGGCUGUAGUGUUGUCUGCCAGAGUGCGGAAUGCGAGACCGGCCCUCCUACUAAAGGAAAGAUGAGGGAAUGGUGGCUUCUUGUGGGCUUGCUGUGCAUUCCUCUGCUGGCAGUCUAUCUGCACAUCCCCCCUCCCCAACUGUCUCCAGCCCUCCUGACCUGGCGCUCUGCCGGAGCAUUCUUCACUUUCAGGAGCAACAAUAUAUUCUACAGAGAGACCUAUGGUGCUGUAGGCAGCUCUGAUGUGGUCAUUCUCCUCCAUGGCUUCCCUACCUCCAGCCUGGACUGGUACAAGAUAUGGGAGCCCCUGAAUCGGCGCUUUAACCGGGUCAUUGCUCUGGACUUUCUUGGUUUUGGCUUCAGUGACAAACCGAGGCCCCACCGCUACUCCAUCUUUGAGCAGGCUAGUGUUGUGGAGGCGUUGGUGUCCCACCUGGGUCUGACGGAGCAGAGGCUCAACCUGCUCUCCCAUGACUAUGGAGACACUGUGGCCCUGGAACUGCUCUACAGGAGUGACCACAACAGGACUGGACACUUGACCAUCAACAGCCUCUGUUUGUCCAAUGGAGGCAUAUUCCCAGAAACACACCAUCCCAGAUUCCUUCAGAAGCUCCUCAAGGACUCCAGCUUCCUCUCUCCGGUGCUGACCCGUCUCACCAACUACAUGGUGUUCUCUAAAGGGCUUGGGGACGUGUUUGGUCCUUACACCCAGCCCACAGACGCUGAGUUCUUGGACAUGUGGACAGGGGUCCGCUUCAAUGAUGGGAACCUGGUCAUGGACAGUAUCCUGCAGUUUAUUAACCAGAGGGACGAGCACCGAGACAGAUGGGUUGGUGCUCUCACCUCUACUUUCAUCCCUGUUCAUAUGAUCUAUGGACCCCUGGAUCCAGUCAACCCUCACCCCCAAUUCAUCUUCCUUUACCAGAAACUGGUGCAGAGGUCUACUGUGUCGGUUCUAGAUGAACACAUCAGCCAUUAUCCCCAGCUGGAGGACCCUACUGGCUUCCUCAACGCCUACUUCAGCUUCAUCAACGCCUUCUGAGACAACUCACCAGCAUUAGACAAUCUGAACUUGACAUCUACGAGCAUAACCUGGGUCAUGUUCAUUCGGGCUCACAACGGGAAGGUUAAAACAUUUUGCAAUAGGAAAACAAAAACAUGCAUUUCUUAUUGGAGUUCAGCCCUGUUUCAGUGUUUUCUUCCAUUUGGUGCCUAAUGAACACAAAUUUUCACAUCUCCCAUUGUGGAAAAAAUUGUGAAGAUUCAGCUCUGACUGGGUGGGUCGUGAACAAACACCCAUAAUUGAAAAACCUCAAACCUGGAUGAGAACUGUGCACAUUGAAUCAUAGCUGAUAUGACACAGUGAUCUUGAAUCCAUUCCUGGUAUGUCAUAAAAGCACCAAGCCACGUUUGACAGAUACUGUCUCCUGCUACUCGCUAUGAACAAAAUGACAGCACUAAAUGGAUCAACUACUGCAGUAGGGACAUAGGAAAUCUUACUGGAAGCAUGAAAGAUCACCCAAGGUAAUCUCAUCUUUGGGGUCCAAUCUAUUUGUUGUAAUUCGUAACAGGUUGCAACCCAAGGAAAAUAAUUCUGGAUGGAGGAAAUAAACUUUAGAAAUAAAAGGAGUUUUAAAUAAAGCUUGUAACAAUAA